AUCCUAUUCCUUGGUAACAUUAAAAAUUCAACAUUUAAUUAUUCUUUGCUCUGAGAUGUAAUUAAAUUCUGUUAAUUGAGCUUUCCAAACCAAAUUAAAUCUUACUAAUUAAUUAUGGGAACCUUGUUCUUAAACCAGAUCAAAAAGCAAGCAACUUUCUUUCUACAGGAGAAAUACAAAAAUGUCAGGCUCGCUUUGACUGAUGUUAGUCAAGCUGAACUGCUGGCUGAGGAAGCAACAAAUAGUAGUGCAUGGGGACCGGAUGCUAGAACAAUGACUAAAAUAGCUGAGGCCUCUUACGAGGUAGAUGAUUAUUGGAAAAUUGUUGAUGUUCUUCAUAAGAGGUUUCAUAAUGUUGAUUGGAAAGAGUGGAGGCAGUCUUACAAAUCUCUAAUACUUCUUGAAUUCCUACUAACACAUGGUCCUGAGGAAUUUGCUGAACAAUUUCAGAGUGAUAGUGAUGCAAUUGAAGAAUUAGGAACUUUUAAUUACGUUGACGAUAAAGGCUUCAAUUGGGGUGAUAUCAUGCAAAAGAGAUCAAACAACAUAAUAAAUCUUCUUCAUGGAGGAGUGACACUAAAAGAAGCUCGAUUAAAAGCUCUACAAAUUACAAAAGAAAUUCAAGGUUUUGGAAGUUUCCCAAUAUUAUCACCUUCUUCGUCAUCGACAUCAUCUCCUUCGUCGGCCACCUCCGAGUCGUCGAGAGCAUCAUCUUUCGGAUCAUUUUCUACGACAAGCUCGACCUUUAAUUAUGAUACCCUACCAAGAGAAGAAGCCCUAGACAACAAAUACUAUGAACCUAAUGACCUAAAGGAUAAGAAUACGGUUACUUCAUACGCAAGUAACAAGAAUUUUGAAAAAUCUCAUGUCUGGAAUUGCUCAACAAUUCGAGAAAAUGGUUCUCUGUUGGAUGGUGAAGGUGAUGAGAAAUUAGACGAUGGUAUUAUUAAUGGAAUUCGCACCAAAAUAUUAGUUGGAAUUGGUCCGUCGGAAAAAUAUAAUAAUGAGGAAAAGGAAGUUUUUAGAAGCCUUUCUAAUGUAGGAAGGUUGAUAAAGAAGAAGUAUGAUCGACAAUUUUCUAUGGAUUAAUUAGUGUUUAAUUAGCUAAGUAUAGUGAUGAAAUUUUGAGCAUAACUAUAAGUUAUGGACUUUUGUAUUAUAGUUUCUGCUUUCUUAUGUAAAUAAAAUAAAAAUACUUACCUACCAUGAGUAUUCAGAUUAAUGACAAGUAUAAUAGAAUAAUAAAUGCAAGAUGAUUUUUUCUUUCA